UGAAAUGUGAGGAAAAAGGAAAAGAAAUGAAAAACAGAGAUAAAGCAUUAUUACUUAGGGGAAAAUGCAGAUUGGUAUAUUUGUAGAAAAACCCUAAUCUUGAAGAUUCACUUAUUAUUUGUUCUAAACUUUAGAUCUUUGCUUCGAUUCCAGUUAACUCGCCGAUCUACUGUGUUGACUCAAUGUCGAAACACUGAGCGUUUCGCGAAAAUGUCGGCUUCGUUAGCGGCAUUCGAGCGGCCUAGAGGAGGAGCCUCAAACACGGUUUUUAAGAGUGGCCCUCUUUUCAUAUCAUCAAAAGGGAUCGGAUGGAAGUCUUGGAAGAAGAGGUGGUUUAUCCUCACACGCACUUCAUUGGUGUUCUUUAAAAAUGAUCCUAGUGCCCUACCACAACGAGGUGGUGAAGUAAAUUUGACUUUGGGGGGCAUUGAUUUGAAUAAUUCUGGAAGUGUUGUUGUUAGAGAAGAUAAAAAGUUGUUGACUGUAUUGUUUCCUGAUGGGCGUGAUGGACGGGCCUUUACCCUUAAGGCGGAGACAUCGGAGGAUUUGUACGAGUGGAAGACAGCUCUAGAACAUGCCCUCGCACAAGCCCCAAGUGCUGCACUUGUCAUGGGACACAAUGGGAUUUUCCGAAAUGACACAGCUGAUGCAAUAGAAGGGUCAUUCCAUCAAUGGAGAGACAAACGCACUGCUAAGUCAUUGGUUGUUGGGAGACCUAUUUUGCUCGCGCUUGAAGAUAUUGAUGGGAGCCCAUCAUUCCUAGAGAAAGCUCUGCAGUUUCUUGAGAAGUUUGGAACUAAAGUGGAGGGAAUUCUACGUCAGUCUGCCGAUGUUGAGGAGGUUGACCGUAGAGUUCAAGAAUAUGACCAAGGCAAGACUGAAUUUGAUUCUGAUGAAGAUGCUCAUGUUGUGGGAGAUUGUGUUAAGCACGUACUAAGGGAGCUGCCCUCAUCACCAGUUCCUGCAUCCUGCUGUACUGCAUUGCUGGAGGCUUACAAAAUUGAUCGGAAGGAAGCCCGGAUAAAUGCAAUGCGCUCUGCAAUAUUAGAGACAUUUCCUGAACCAAACCGGCGCCUGUUGCAAAGGAUUCUUAAGAUGAUGCAUACAAUCUCUUCUCAUUCACACGUGAAUCGAAUGACUCCGUCUGCCGUGGCUGCUUGCAUGGCACCCUUGCUAUUACGCCCCUUAUUAGCUGGUGAAUGUGAAUUGGAGGAUGACUUUGACGUUAAUGGCGAUAGUUCUGCCCAGCUUCUUGCUGCUGCAAAUGCUGCUAAUAAUGCUCAAGCCAUCAUUACAACUCUUUUGGAGGAAUAUGAGAAUAUUUUUGACGAUGAAAGUCUACAAAGAUGUUCUAUUUCAGCUGAUUCUCAGAUUGAAAAUAGUGCUAGUGAAGAUUCCACUGAUGAGGAAAAUCCAGAUAUGAAAGACAAUGGCUACCAUGAUGCAGAAAAUGAAGCCGAUCCAGACACAGACGAUGAUCCUGAACGUGUGCUUAGUGGAAAACUAAGUGAAAGCAGUGGCUAUGCAGGCAGUGAUCUGUAUGACUAUAAGGCAUUUGAGGAUGAUGGUUCAGAUGUUGAAUCCCCCAGAGACAAUCAUGCUCGGGCUGAGAAUUCAAGCUUAGUUGUAGAUCCUCCAAGGAUGAGAGACCCUGAUGCUCAGCUGGAGGAACAGGCUAAGCAGAAUAAAGGAAAUGAAAAUCAAAUUAAUGAGACAGAUGUCUCAAGUGUGCUACCUACUGGUGAAUCUUACCGAUCAAUGGGUGAGAUUCUGUCGUCAAUGGAUCCUGGCCAUCCUAUAUCUUCACCUGGGCUUGAAUCUUCCACUGAGAAGCCAGUUGGUAAAGCUAAAGGCUCAAGUCUUAAUGCUAAGAGAUCAACAUUUUGGGGAAGAAGUAACGCUAGAAAGACACCAUCAAUGGAAUCUGUUGAUUCUUCGGGUGAAGAAGAGCUUGCUAUACAGAGGCUUGAGAUCACAAAGAAUGAUCUACAACAUCGUAUCACAAAAGAGGCUAGAGGAAAUGCAAUUUUGCAAGCUAGCUUGGAAAGGAGAAAACAAGCUCUACAUGAACGUCGUUUGGCACUUGAACAAGAUGUCUCUAGAUUACAAGAGCAGCUACAAGCUGAAAGGGAUCUUAGAGCGGCUCUAGAAGUUGGAUUGAGCAUGUCAUCUGGACAAUUUUCUAGUUCCCAUGGAAUGGAUUCCAAGACAAGGGCCGAGCUUGAGGAAAUUGCUCUUGCCGAAGCUGAUGUGGCUAGAUUGAAGCAGAAAGUUGCUGAACUCCAUCAUCAACUGAAUCAGCAACGGCAACAUCAUUACGGUUCUCUCUCUGAUGCAUGUGACCAUUAUCAGCACGUCCAAAAUCAUAACUCUCAACAGAGGUUUCUCCAGCAAGAUUUUGACACAACCCUUGCUUAUUGUAAUCAUGAGAGGAAACAAAGAACAGAGGAGAGUUUGUUAGGGCCAGACUGGAGAAAUGUUAGAGGACAGGGAUUGGCAAUCGGCAACAGCGCCAGGCAGCCUACUCGAAAGCAAUUUGUGGAUUCACCGAACUUGAGUGACUCAAAAAUUAUCGAGGCAUCGCCAAAUAUGUCUAUCAAUGAGCUUUGUGCAGUCGGUUCUGCCUCUAUCCCUUCCACUUCAAGAGCAGCAGAGGUGAUUGAUUAUACGAGACAUUCAUCAGCAGCUUCUUCUGCUUUAGUGGAAUUAACAACCCAUCUCGAUUUCUUCAAAGAACGACGAUCCCAACUAAUGGAACAGCUCCACAACCUUGAUCUCAACUACAGCAGCACAUCGUCUCAGGAUUUUGUAUACAAACCACCGUCAUCACCUCCAUGGAACUAAUCACCAUGGGAGUACAGUUGAAAAAUCUGAAGGGACACCAUUGUUGUCUUUUGUGUCUUGUACAUCCUAUGUUUGUUGCAUAUAUAAAUGUAUUUCUUUUAGCUCUUUUUUCAAAUUUUAUUUCGUUUUUUAAUUUUUUUUUUGGUUGGGUUUUUUGAGAAAGUAAUUGGAGUUAACGAAAAUAUUUUAUAUUUUCUUUUUUGUUGGUCAGAACAUAUUGUAAAGAAAAAAAAAAGCAGUGAGACUGUCAAUGGUUGGUGGAGCUUGGAAAUUGGAAAUUGGAGUCUGAGGUAUGUGUAUUAUUUGAACGAAUUGUCGUUCUACGACUAUGAUCAUCUCUGCACUGCUAAAAUAUAUAUAUAAUUUUAUUUCUUUUUUAUUAA